GCCCAGCUCCCAUUUAGAGUGAAAUUGAUUUACUCUUUUUUCAGCCAAAUGGGAUUUUCAAGACUCUUUUUGCUCUUACUAUCCUCCGCUUUUCACAUAAAUCUCUCUUCCUCCGAAGUUGCUCCGAAUUUUCGGAAGAAUUGUAGUAUCAGCGACGGUAACUUCACUGCUAACAGUCCCUACGAGGCCAACCUCAAUCGUCUCUUCUCCCAGUUGAAAUCGUCCGACCAGGAUUUCAACUAUGGGUUCUAUAAUAUAUCCGUUGGCCAAAGCCCUGAUCAGGUCAAUGCAAUUGCACUCUGCAGGGGAGACCAAAAGGAGAACGACUGCAGAAGUUGCCUGGAUGUGACCAUCUCCUCGCUCCAAGAAGUCUGUCCCAGAAACAAAGAAGCAAUCGCGUGGUCAAAAUUUUGCACCGUACGGUACUCAACACGAAAAAUUAUCGGAGUUAUGGAAGUCGAUCCUUUUGAUCAAAUACAUAGAUGGGAUAGCCAAAGUGUACCGCGUGAUGUUAAUGAUUUCGACAGGGCCUUGAGUUUCUUGUUGAAAAAUUUAAGCGUCGGUGCGGCUACCGGAGAUUCUCUUUUCAAGUUUGCAGCGGGUUCAACGGUUUCUUCCCAACGCAUUUACGCUAUGAUGCAGUGUACCCCGGAUCUGUCCCAUGAAAAUUGCAGCGCUUGUCUGGCGACGGCCAGCGGCGACAGGAUGAGGAAUUUCUGCUAUGGAAACACCGGAUGCAGAAUUCUUCAACCCAGCUGUUUCUUAAGAUACGCGACUGAUUCUUUUUUGGACAAUUCAGCUAAGAUCACUAUUGUACCGUUUUCACCUCCUUCUCCAACUCCAACAGAAGGUGGCCCACCUCCUUCUCCAACUCCAACAGAAGGUGGCUCACCUCCUUCUCCAACUCCAACAGAAGGUAGCUAACGGUUUGCAAAAUACCCCUAUAUCCAUCUUAUCCCCUCCUACUAAAACAAUAAAUAUUUUUUAAUAAAGGAUUUGUCUAGAA